AUGGAGAUCAAGGAGAAGAAGAAGGUUGGUGAGAAGAGGAAGAGAGCUGAUGAGAGUAAGCUUCUUAGAACUGUUUUCGUUGGGAACUUGCCUUUGAAGGUUAAGAAGAAGCUCAUCCUGAAGGAGUUUAAGGAACCUGCUGAAGCGUCUCUGGCACAUAACAUGUCUCUGAUUGCUGGGAAUCAUAUCCGUGUUAUGUGGAUAGACCAUUUGUAUGAUUCUAUGAGGACAGUCUUUAUGGGGAAUCUCCCUUUCGAUGUGAAGGGUGAGGAGGUGAAUCAAUUGUUUACUGGUAAGAGUAACCUGGAGAACAAUGUGGAAGCUGUUCGUGUUAUUAGAGAUCCCCGUUUGAACAUUGGAAAAGGAAUAGCCUACGUCUUGUUUGAAACACGGAGAAUAAAUGCUUUGAUUUUUUUUAAGGUGUAG